AACAAUUGAUAUUUUAGAGCUGACAGAACAAGAAGAAUUGCUGAAAUUUCACUACCAUACCCUCCGAUUAUAUUCAGCUGUUUGUGCUUUAGGCAACAACCGAGUGGCCCAUGCUAUGUGUAGCCAUGUGGAUGAAUCUCAGCUCCUGUAUGCUAUUGAGAAUAAAUAUAUGCCAGGAUUAUUACGUGCAGGAUAUUAUGACUUACUCAUUGACAUCCAUCUCAAUACCUAUGCAACUGCCAGGUUAAUGAUGAAUAAUGAAUUUAUAGUUCCAAUGACUGAUGAGACCAAGAGUAUUACUUUGUUUCCUGAUGAAAACAAAAAACAUGGCCUCCCUGGUAUAGGACUUAGCACUUCAUUAAGGCCAAGAAUGCAGUUCUCCUCUCCAAGUUUUGUAAGCAUUAGCAGUGAAUGCUUUCAGUUCAGUCCUGAAUUCCCUCUGGAAAUCUUAAAGGCCAAAACCAUAGAGAUGCUGACUGAAGCUGUUCAAGAAGGCAGCCUCCAUGUCAGAGACCCAGUUGGAGGUUCUACAGAAUUUCUGUUUGUGCCUCUCAUCAAGCUCUUUUAUACACUCCUAAUUAUGGGAAUCUUCCACAACGCGGAUCUGAAACACAUCUUGCAGUUGAUUGAGCCCCGGGUUUUCAAAGAAGCAAUGAGCCAGGAGGAUGAAAUUGAUUUUUCAGAGAAGGAGCUGAGUUCAGACGAGCUCAAGUCAGAAGGAGAGGAAGAAACCAGAGGGGAGCAAGUGCCAAAGGAAGGACUCCUUCAGAUGAAACUUCCAGAACCUGUUAAAUUACAGAUGUGUCAUCUACUCCAGUACCUGUGUGACUGUCAAGUACGACAUCGAAUAGAAGCCAUUGUUGCAUUUUCGGAUGAUUUUGUGGCCAAGCUUCAAGAUAAUCAACGCUUCCGGUACAAUGAAGUGAUGCAGGCCUUGAACAUGUCUGCUGCCCUGACAGCUAGAAAAACAAAAGAAUUUCGAUCCCCACCUCAGGAGCAGAUUAACAUGCUGCUGAACUUCAAGGAUGAUAAAAAUGAUUGUCCUUGCCCAGAAGAAAUUCGGGAUCAACUCUUGGAUUUCCAUGAAGACUUAAUGACACACUGUGGAAUUGAACUAGAUGAAGAUGGAACCUUGGAUGGAAACAGUGAUUUAACCAUUAGGGGUCGCCUCCUAUACCUCAUGGAAAAAGUUACAUAUCUGAAGAAGAAACAAGCUGAGAAGCCAGUCGAUGAUGAUGCUAAGACAUCCUCUACUCUUCAACAGUUGAUUUCAGACACAAUGGUACGCUGGGCCCAGGAAUCAGUGAUAGAAGACCCGGAAUUAGUGAGGGCCAUGUUUGUAUUGCUACAUCGCCAAUAUGAUGGUAUUGGUGGCCUGGUUCGAGCCCUACCAAAGACCUACACCAUAAAUAGUGUGUCUGUGGAAGACACAAUCAAUCUUCUGGCAUCCCUCGGCCAAAUCCGUUCCUUGCUUAGUGUCAGAAUGGGGAAGGAGGAAGAGAAACUUAUGAUUCGUGGAUUAGGAGACAUCAUGAAUAAUAAAGUAUUUUACCAACAUCCAAAUCUCAUGAGAGCUUUAGGCAUGCAUGAAACUGUCAUGGAAGUGAUGGUAAAUGUGCUUGGUGGAGGAGAAUCCAAGGAAAUCACUUUCCCAAAGAUGGUGGCAAACUGUUGCCGCUUUCUGUGUUAUUUUUGCCGCAUCAGCAGGCAGAAUCAAAAAGCUAUGUUUGAUCAUCUUAGCUAUUUAUUGGAAAACAGCAGUGUUGGCCUUGCCUCUCCUUCUAUGCGAGGAUCAACUCCUUUAGAUGUUGCAGCAGCCUCUGUGAUGGAUAACAAUGAACUUGCACUAGCUUUAAGGGAACCUGAUCUGGAGAAGGUAGUUCGCUACUUAGCUGGAUGUGGAUUGCAGAGUUGUCCAUUGUUGAUUUCUAAAGGCUACCCCGACAUUGGAUGGAAUCCAGUUGAAGGAGAGCGAUAUUUAGAUUUCCUUCGUUUUGCCGUAUUUUGCAAUGGAGAGAGUGUGGAGGAGAAUGCUAAUGUUGUAGUCAGAUUGCUUAUCCGUCGACCUGAAUGCUUUGGUCCAGCUCUAAGAGGAGAAGGAGGCAAUGGGUUACUUGCGGCCAUGGAGGAAGCAAUACAAAUAUCAGAAGAUCCAACAAGGGAUGGACCUUCCCCAAGUAAUGGAUCUAGUAAAACCCUUGAAAUGGAAGAACAAGAAGAUGACACUAUUCACAUGGGAAAUGCAAUCAUGACCUUUUAUGCUGCUUUGAUUGAUCUCUUAGGACGUUGUGCCCCUGAAAUGCAUUUAAUCCAUGCUGGUAAAGGGGAAGCCAUUAGAAUCAGAUCAAUUCUACGGUCUUUGAUUCCACUGGAAGAUUUGGUGGGAGUAAUUAGUAUUCCUUUUCACAUGCCAACCAUAGCUAAAGAUGGUACUGUGGUGGAACCUGACAUGUCUGCGGGGUUUUGCCCAGAUCACAAGGCAGCCAUGGUUUUGUUCCUUGACAGGGUCUAUGGAAUUGAGGACCAGGAUUUUCUUCUACACCUUCUCGAAGUUGGCUUUCUGCCAGAUCUUCGUGCUGCUGCUUCUUUAGAUACGGCUGCUUUAAGUGCUACGGAUAUGGCUUUGGCUCUGAAUCGAUACCUUUGCACAGCAGUCUUGCCUCUGUUGACCAGAUGUGCUCCUCUUUUUGCUGGCACAGAGCACCAUGCUUCCCUCAUCGAUUCCUUAUUACAUACUGUGUACAGACUCUCAAAGGGAUGCUCUCUUACCAAAGCUCAGCGAGAUUCUAUUGAAGAGUGUUUACUGUCUAUCUGUGGGCAGUUGCGGCCUUCCAUGAUGCAGCAUUUGCUGAGAAGAUUAGUAUUUGAUGUUCCUCUAUUAAAUGAACAUGCAAAGAUGCCUCUCAAGUUGCUGACAAAUCAUUACGAAAGAUGCUGGAAGUAUUAUUGUUUGCCAGGUGGAUGGGGUAACUUUGGUGCUGCAUCAGAAGAAGAACUUCAUUUAUCCAGAAAGUUGUUCUGGGGUAUUUUUGAUGCUUUGUCUCAAAAGAAGUAUGAACAAGAACUGUUCAAAUUGGCUUUGCCUUGUUUGAGCGCAGUUGCAGGGGCCUUACCUCCAGACUAUAUGGAAUCAAAUUAUGUGAAUAUGAUGGAAAAACAAUCUUCAAUGGAUUCAGAUGGGAACUUUAAUCCUCAACCUGUUGAUACAUCAAACAUUACGAUCCCUGAAAAGCUGGAAUAUUUCAUUAACAAAUAUGCAGAACACUCUCAUGACAAAUGGUCAAUGGAAAAGUUUGCCAAUGGAUGGACAUAUGGUGAAACAUAUUCUGAAUCUGCGAAAGUGCAACCAUUAAUGAAACAAUAUAAGUUACUAUCUGAAAAGGAGAAAGAAAUUUACCGAUGGCCAAUCAAAGAAUCACUAAAAACUAUGCUGGCAUGGGGAUGGCGAAUUGAAAGAACACGGGAGGGAGAUUCCAUGGCACUGUAUAAUCGGACGCGUCGCAUAUCUCAAACCAGUCAAAUCUCUGUAGAUACAGCCCAUGGUUACACUCCUCGAGCAAUUGACAUGAGCAAUGUCACCCUCUCCAGGGACUUACACGCUAUGGCUGAGAUGAUGGCUGAAAACUACCAUAACAUAUGGGCAAAGAAAAAGAAAAUGGAGCUUGAAGCAAAAGGAGGAGGCAACCAUCCUCUUCUUGUUCCUUAUGAUACCCUCACAGCCAAAGAAAAAGCCAAGGACAGAGAAAAAGCACAGGAUAUUCUGAAAUUUCUACAGAUUAAUGGAUAUGUUGUCUCCAGAGGACUUAAGGACCUGGAAUUAGACACACCUUCCAUUGAGAAACGCUUUGCCUACAGUUUCCUUCAGCAACUUAUAAGAUAUGUGGAUGAAGCCCAUCAGUAUAUUCUGGAGUUUGAUGGUGGCAGCAGAGGCAAAGGAGAGCACUUCCCAUAUGAACAAGAAAUCAAGUUUUUUGCCAAAGUUGUGCUCCCUUUGAUUGAUCAGUAUUUUAAAAAUCAUCGCCUAUAUUUCUUAUCUGCAGCAAGUAGGCCUCUCAGCAGUGGAGGUCAUGCCUCUAAUAAAGAGAAAGAAAUGGUGACAAGCCUGUUCUGCAAACUUGGAGUUCUUGUCAGGCAUAGGAUUUCACUGUUUGGAAAUGAUGCAACAUCAAUAGUCAACUGUCUUCACAUACUGGGCCAGACCUUGGAUGCGAGGACUGUGAUGAAAACUGGUCUGGAAUCUGUUAAGAUGGCAUUGAGAGCAUUUUUGGACAAUGCUGCUGAGGAUCUGGAGAAAACAAUGGAAAAUCUUAAGCAAGGCCAAUUUACACACAGCAGAAACCAGCCAAAGGGAGUUACACAAAUCAUUAAUUAUACCACAGUUGCUCUCCUGCCAGUGCUAUCUUCAUUAUUUGAGCACAUUGGACAGCACCAGUUUGGGGAAGACUUGAUAUUGGAAGAUGUUCAGGUUUCCUGUUACAGAAUAUUGGCCAGUUUAUAUGCUCUGGGAACCAGCAAGAGUAUCUAUGUAGAGCGGCAACGAUCAGCACUAGGAGAAUGCUUGGCCGCUUUCUCAGGUGCCUUUCCAGUGGCUUUUUUGGAAACUCAUUUGAACAAACAUAAUAUCUACUCAAUUUACAAUACCAAGAACGUGAGAGACAGAGCAGUUCUCAAUUUACCUACUAGUGUAGAAGAGGUUUGCCCAAAUAUUCCUUCCUUAGUGAAGCUAAUGGAAGAAAUUGUGGAACUGGCAGAGUCUGGUAUUCGUUACACACAAAUGCCACAUAUCAUGGAAGUCAUACUGCCUAUGCUGUGUAGUUACAUGUCACACUGGUGGGAGCAUGGGCCAGAAAACAACCCUGACAAGGCUGAAAUGUGUUGCACAGCCUUGACGUCAGAGCACAUGAACACUCUGUUGGGUAACAUAUUGAAAAUCAUCUAUAACAACCUUGGUAUUGAUGAAGGAGCAUGGAUGAAGAGAUUAGCAGUGUUUUCCCAGCCCAUCAUAAGCAAAGCGAAGCCACAGCUCUUAAAGACACACUUCCUGCCACUGAUGGAUAAGCUAAAGAAAAAAGCAGCAGUGGUUGUAUCGGAUGAAGAACAUCUAAGAGCAGAAGGCAGAGGUGACAUGUCGGAGGCUGAACUGCUCAUCCUAGAUGAGUUCACCACUUUGGCACGGGACCUCUAUGCCUUCUACCCUUUGUUGAUUAGAUUUGUGGACUAUAACAGGGCAAAAUGGCUGAAAGAGCCCAACCCUGAAGCGGAAGAAUUGUUCCGCAUGGUGGCUGAGGUCUUCAUUUACUGGUCAAAGUCUCAUAAUUUCAAAAGGGAAGAGCAGAACUUUGUGGUACAAAAUGAAAUCAACAACAUGUCUUUCCUUAUCAGUGACACCAAAUCUAAGAUGUCCAAGGCAGCAGUUUCUGACCAGGAGAGGAAGAAGAUGAAGCGAAAAGGUGACCGGUACUCUAUGCAGACCUCUCUCAUUGUGGCAGCCUUGAAGAGAUUACUUCCUAUUGGCCUAAACAUUUGUGCCCCUGGAGACCAAGAGCUAAUUGCACUGGCCAAAAAUCGAUUCAGUAUGAAAGAUACUGAAGAUGAAGUACGAGAUAUCAUUCGCAGUAAUCUUCAUCUCCAGGGCAAGCUUGAGGAUCCCGCCAUUAGGUGGCAGAUGGCACUUUACAAAGAUUUACCAAACAGGACUGAAGAUUCCUCAGAUCCAGAGAAGACUGUGGAAAGGGUCCUUGAUAUCGCUAAUGUGCUGUUUCACCUGGAACAGGUUAGACACAUUUUCCCAAUUCCAUUGCUUCUUAAUCUAAAAAAAAAAGCAUUCAGCCUUUAA